CCCCGCUCCCUUCCCGUCAGGCGCUGUGCGCGGGGUGGAGCCGUCCCGGCGUGCUGCGCGCGGCGUGCACUACGCCGUUUCCCGUUAUCCUCCCUUCCUCUUCGGCCUGGCCGCCGCCCGGCUCUGAAGCGCCGCCAUCAUGAAGGUCGAGCUGUGCAGCUUCAGCGGGUAUAAAAUCUACCCGGGCCAUGGGCGCCGCUACGCCCGCACCGACGGGAAGGUUUUUCAGUUCUUGAAUGCAAAAUGUGAGUCUGCAUUCCUUUCCAAGAGAAACCCCCGUCAAAUCAACUGGACUGUUCUAUACAGGCGUAAGCACAAGAAAGGACAGUCAGAAGAGAUACAGAAGAAGCGCACACGUCGUGCUGUUAAGUUUCAGAGAGCGAUCACUGGAGCUUCUUUAGCUGAGAUUAUGGCUAAACGAAAUCAGAAGCCCGAAGUACGAAAGGCACAGAGGGAACAAGCUAUUAGGGCUGCAAAAGAAGCCAAGAAGGCUAAGCAGGCAACCAAGAAAACAGCUGUUUCUGCUGCAAAGGCUCCUACAAAGGCAGCACCUAAGCAGAAGAUUGUGAAACCAGUCAAGGUUUCUGCUCCUCGUGUUGGUGGAAAGCGCUAACUUGCCAAACUGUUAGUCAUGCUGAAUAAAUAUCUCACUAACUUUCAGAA